UCGUGACCGCGGACGUGUUGGAAAAAAGAUAUCCCUCCGCGAGAAACGCGUCCCGGCGGCGUGCAUAUAAAAGGCGGGUGGCGCGGCGGCGCUGUCUUUUCAGUCGGACUCUGAGCGUUGGUUCGGAUCAUGUCUGGUGGCUCCGCGGAUUAUAACAGAGACCAUGGCGGCCCGGAGGGCAUGGACCCCGAUGGUGUCAUCGAGAGCAACUGGAACGAAAUCGUGGACAACUUCGACGAUAUGAACCUCAAGGAGUCUCUGCUCCGGGGCAUCUACGCGUACGGGUUCGAGAAGCCUUCGGCCAUCCAGCAGAGAGCCAUCAUCCCCUGCAUCAAGGGCUAUGAUGUGAUUGCUCAAGCUCAGUCAGGUACUGGCAAGACAGCCACAUUUGCUAUUUCCAUCCUGCAACAGUUGGAGAUUGAGCUCAAGGAGACCCAAGCGCUAGUCCUGGCCCCCACCAGAGAACUGGCUCAACAGAUCCAGAAGGUAAUCUUGGCUCUUGGAGAUUAUAUGGGAGCAACAUGUCAUGCUUGCAUUGGUGGUACCAAUGUUCGAAAUGAAAUGCAAAAACUGCAGGCUGAGGCCCCACAUAUUGUUGUUGGAACUCCCGGGCGAGUGUUUGAUAUGCUAAACAGAAGAUAUCUUUCUCCAAAAUGGAUCAAGAUGUUUGUUUUGGAUGAAGCAGAUGAAAUGUUGAGUCGUGGAUUUAAGGAUCAAAUCUACGAGAUUUUCCAGAAAUUAAGUACAAAUAUUCAGGUUGUGUUGCUUUCUGCCACAAUGCCAACUGAUGUGUUAGAAGUGACCAAAAAGUUCAUGAGAGAUCCUAUUCGCAUUCUGGUGAAGAAGGAAGAAUUGACCCUUGAGGGAAUUAAACAAUUCUACAUUAAUGUUGAGAGAGAGGAAUGGAAGCUGGAUACUCUUUGUGACUUGUAUGAGACACUGACCAUUACACAGGCUGUCAUUUUUCUGAACACGAGACGAAAGGUAGAUUGGCUGACUGAAAAGAUGCAUGCCAGGGAUUUCACAGUUUCUGCUCUGCAUGGUGACAUGGACCAGAAGGAGCGAGAUGUUAUCAUGAGGGAGUUCAGAUCAGGUUCAAGCCGGGUUCUGAUCACUACAGACCUGUUGGCUCGUGGGAUUGAUGUGCAGCAAGUAUCUUUGGUUAUAAAUUAUGAUCUACCUACCAAUCGUGAAAACUAUAUUCACAGAAUUGGCAGAGGUGGUCGUUUUGGGAGGAAAGGUGUGGCUAUAAACUUUGUUACUGAAGAAGACAAGAGGAUUCUUCGUGACAUUGAGACUUUCUACAAUACUACAGUGGAGGAGAUGCCAAUGAAUGUGGCUGAUCUUAUUUAAUCCCUGGGAUGAGAUGGUUUUGAAUGCAGUGCUCGCUGUUGCUGAAUAGGCGAUUCACAACGUGCAUUGUGCUUCUUUCUUUGGGAAUAUUUGAAUCUUGUCUCAAUGCUCAUAACGGAUCAGAAAUACAGAUUUUUGAUAGCAAAAGCGACUUUAGUCGUGAGCUCUUGUGGGGAAAGAGCUAUUGGCUUUCUCCUUUAGAGUUAGACUGUUGGGGUUGGGUGUAAAAGAUAUGGGGUCUGUAAAAUCUUUCUUUAUUAGAAAUUUAUUUCCUAGUUCUGUAGAAAUGGUUGUAUUAGAUGUUCUCUAUCAUUUAAUAAUUUACUUGUGGACUAAAAGAUAUAAGUGCUGUAUAAAAUCAGCCAAUUAUGUUAAACUAGCAUAUCUGCCUUUAUUGUGUUAGUCAGUAGACUGAAUAGGAAAGGCUUUUCAAAUGGACUAAUUUUUUUUAAGAAAGCAUUUGAAUGCGUUUUGUUUGGUAUUGUAUUUAUUCAAUAAAGUAUUUAAUUAGUGCUAAGUGUGAACUGGACCCUGUUGCUAAGCCCCAGCAAGCAAUCAUAAACUAGGUAGGGUUAAACCCAGUAAAAUUGCCAUAUUGCAAAUGUCUUAAUGAAGUUUGAAUGUUCAAUAAAUUACUUGUAUAUUCACUUUGAAUGCAAAA